UACUGAGCAUUACGAUAAAUAUAUUUAAGGUUCACCCAAAUAUGCAUGUGGACAACUAGUGCUAGAGUUUAGAUAACACUUUAAAUUCCACUCCACUGUGCGGCGCCUGCUUGACAUACGCAUUGAUGGCUUUCAAAUCGCGUCGCUCUGCUUAAAAUGCACGGCGUUGUGGGCCGGGCUAGAAUCGGUGACCACUGACCGCCGAUCAGCAGGGCCACCGUCGGUGGUUUGUGGGUAUAAAAGUUAAAGCUCCAUAUUCGACAGACAACAUAUCACCACUGCAAGUCCCACGAUCAUGGCACGUUAUCAGCUUUUCAGUUCGCUCCUUCUUUUGGUGGCCAUCUGGGCCGUGUCUUGUACGGCACAGGCCCCACUCCGGCGGAUACAGCGCCUGCGACCGGUGGCAUUCGCCCGGCAGGAGGUGGCUCCCACGCCCUAUCCAUCGGCUGCGGAACUUAAGCCUGCCGCCGAACAGCCCGCUCUGACUUACGGACCUCCCGAGGAAGUGGAUACGGACGCCUCGCCAUCGGAGCAGGAGCUCCCGGUAGACAACUUUGAGCCCAACCCGGAGACCGAGGAGGUGGAAACCGAGGAGAGCUCCCUGGAGGCGACCACACCAUCCUCUGCUCCCGCCCGCCUGCGCAGCCGCCAGAGAUUGGCCAAGCUGCAGCUGGCCAAGCCCAAGCGCCUACGCCAACGCAUCGCCCGCCUGGAGGAGCUGCCCGUGGAUGAGGUUGUGGCUCCAGUGGCUCCAGUGGCUCAGGUUCCCGCAGUGCCCACGCCUCAGUUUUACUAUGUGGGAGCCGGACAGCAGCCUUAUUACCUGGCCUACAACGCUGCUCCCCAGCAAUUGGGCUGGUAAACCAGAAUUACA